GUCAAAUCAUACCCAAGAAGCUAGAUCGUGCUCUCUUCAUCUUAUAUUUACAGAGGUUUUUAUUUGAUGUUGAUGAGGUAGUCGUACUACAGGAGGUUGUUGAUAGAAGGUGGAAGCGUCGAUAGAAAAAUAUAUGAUAGAUCGCCAGCUGCGGGCGCAGCCGGUGAUAUGUAUUUAACGGAUGCGGGCGCAGCCGGUGAUAUGUAUUUUUUUUGCGUUAAACGUAAUCGUAGGGGCCUUGCGACAAUAAGUUCGUUAGUUCAUUUACGUCCUAUACGAAAACGAGUGCAACACCAACAAACAACAAGCGUCAAUCAUAUUUACUUAUAUAAUUGUGAGGAACGACAGCGAGCGACAGAGAGACGAAGGGCGCCGCAGCAUCAUGGCUCCCACACCUAGUGCGCGUUCUGGCGCCGAUGAGGACGAUACUUUUGCUGACGAUCUGAAGAAGCUGACGUCGGUUCGUGAAAGGAUUAUGGCACAGAACGUUCAGGCUGCUGCAAACUGCAAUGGGGAUGACCUGAAAAGCAUGGACUUGCUUCCCGGUUUCACGUCGACCGAGCCACGCGCGACACCGUGCCGACCACCGCUUCCGAAGGCCAGCUUUUUCGGUCCGGUUUCAGGUCGCAGCAGGCGGACGUCACUCACCGGUGCGUCGAGUAACGCUGCCAGUUCCUCCGCAGCGUCUUUGCACGAAAUGAAGCAACCUCCACCAGGAACAGGCACUGCUAGCAGUGGAUCCAUGAGUAGCCGACGAGGCACUUAUGAGUCCCGGUUCAAAGCCAGUAGGCUUGGCGGGAAUAAUCAUGUUCAAGCUGUAAGCGGCAGCGGUGGCAGAACACCGGAUCAAAGCGAAGGGGAGAGCGAUAUUUUGGACGAUUUUGGUUUCGAGCGUGUUGACGCCGAAGGCUUAACGGCCCAGGACAGGCAAGACCUGGCAGAACUGCGCGAUAUCGCUCGUGGCAACGGCCCACUUCCAAUGCCCGCCUUCUACGCCAUCGAUCCGGACUGUGCAAACUACCGCAAAGCGGUUUCUCUGGAAGAGGUUUUGGAAGUCCGCCAAAAGCUAGCGCAUCCUGAAACGGAAGUAAACGGUACUUUUACAGUUACUCGAUGGCUGACAGAGCAGGCUUGACAUGUUUCGAAACUCAAGAUGAAAUCCAUCUCUCAUGUUUGUGUGUUUUGUUGUUUCCUAAUCGAAGUUAUUAGUAAGUACCACAACCACAUUCAUUUGUAUUGUCUUAAUCUUUUGAGGGUCGUACUUGUCAAAGCAGAUAAUGUUGAGGCACUACAUCAUGAUCAUGUUUGCUGACAACCAGCUCUGAUCUGUUGUUGUUGAAGGAUAAUCCAUUGCAACCACAACUGAAGAUAGAAGUGAACUUUCUUGUCACAAUUCCCCACACUCGCAACGACAGGUGAGGAGACCAUGUCGCAGCAGCUGCAGCUAGGUCGCCUUCUAAUGUCUCUGAAUCGGACGGAGGAAGCGUAUUUGCGGCAGAUGCUUCCCGUCGAGGCGUUUGAGGGGCGGCGGGUCGGUGGGCGGAAACUUCCACCGGAAUGCGCGAAGGAACUCCGAGUUGAACGCUUAUCCCGGUGCGGGUCCUCGGCAAGCUGUUCGCGCUCGAUAUCUAAGGACAACGCAACCAGCAUUUCCGAAGAUGAAGCAGUGCCCGGUGGCCCCGAAGAUGCCUCUCCCGCGGUCCCAUUCUUCGAAAGGCGCAACAGCCCGCUUCAGCACGGCCUGCCAAAUAGUGGUCUCCCCUACCAUACGUCUCAAAACAUCAAUGAGUGUGAUGGCGCUGUUUAUUCCAAGUCAAAGCCCAAGCACGGUGCUAGAACAAAAGAAGUUCUAGUGAAGCUUCUCCGUUCUUGGCCCCUGCGGCAUCGAAAAGGCCUGCGCGCGCUGCUCAAAGCAUUCCGCAAGGUAGACCAAAAUCCUGGAAACGAGUUUUAUCGUCGUUUGCGCGUCUCCAAGCUGCUCGCCGUUGUCUUUGAAGACGAAGCUAUCCAACCAGAAAGCCGCCAAUUGCUCUCACAAUUUUUGCGAAAUCUCGGAUGGGAGUUGGUUACAACUGCUGGCAAAGUCAGCGAUCAUGAUCAUCAGAAACCCGGUGGCAACACCCGACCAAGCACAGCCGGCGACAGUGAUGGUAAACAACUUCAGGACCAGAGAUUUAUCCUCGAACUGUCUGAUGGCAAAGGCGGAGGAGGAUGCGACAGUUCUAGCAGCAUGUUGUCUUUGCACUUAGCCAUCCGAUACAUGGAAGUUCUUUUGGAUGGCCAUCAUGACCCAUCCACCUUAUGCUCUGCGAGGACCGGCACGCUAACAAGCUGUAGCAGCAAAAACGAAAAUCAAACGCGCUCAGCAAGAGUAGCUGCGCUGCGCGAAGAAGUGGAACGCGCGUUACUAGUGUCGAGUGGUCAAAAAUCGACGGAGAAAUGUACCUCCGGGCAAAAAAGAGGCAGCAGUUAUGCCAACGCAGGCAGUUCAUUUUCCCCGCUCUGUCGUGCGAUGGCAGCCUCAUCGUCAUCACUGGUCGAGUCUGGAUUACCUCACAAUGUGUGCCAGCUCGUUCAUUCUUGGGCUAUUGGGAACCCGAAGUCGUCUACUCAAGCGUCUUCUUUGACGACCAAUGCAUAUCACAUUGCGACUACCCUUGCGUUGGGUGAAAGCUGCGGAAACCUCCAGCCAGAUCCGAAGACAGAGCUCCGGAGCCUGCUUCGGGAGUCCAGAGAGCAACUCGCAACCACGAACAGCAGAUCUAUCUCUGCAACAGCUGGCGCAGGUUUGUCUCCGACCUCAGCCGCACGAGCAGCAGCGGCGGCAGCUGUGGCGUGGAACGCAUGGUUUACCGACCGUCUGUGUGCCUUAGCCUCUUCGACCGACCAAUCGAAUGCUCUUCGUGUUCGCUGGGAAUUGCUGAGAGUCGCUAUUUUCAACGCACCGGAACCGACAAACAUAAGGGGCAAGCUGAUCGGGCUCCUUCAAAAGCUUGCAACAUGUAAGUUAUCGAACAUCAAAACAGCGGAAGAGGAAAAACUUAUGCAAGCAAAGUUUCGGGAAGUUAUGAGGAGGCAGGAAAACGCAUCGCUUUGUAAAAAUACGGGGGCGAGAGCAAGUGAAGGCAGCACUGGCGAUGCCUCCUUACUAGACUCUGCGAACGCGUUGCUCGAGCGAUUGUCAAAGACAGUGGACUGCGGCAUGAUGCAUGCGGAGGAAACAUUCGGGUCCGAAUCGAAGACGAGCGAUGGGGAUGGGAACGAGCAGCGCGACCAAGAGCAGGUGAACGACUCGAGGGACGACGACACCACGCUAUCAAGUGCGUUGCGCCUUCUCGGCUUGUCCGCUUUACCGCAAUCUUUUGCAGAUCUCCGCAAAGCCUAUCGAGAGCGGUGUCUUCAGUGUCAUCCGGAUAAGGCAGGGGGUUCAAAAGAGGCGUUUCAGCGCAUGCAUCAGGCUUUCCUGUGUCUUCGCGAACAACUUACACCAGCGAUGCACGUUUCAUUCUCGACGGAAGACACAACAACCGCAGAUGAAAAGAACCAGGACCGAAGUAGUAAACCUGCACAGAGGAGCACAGGUGAUAACUCAUCUGGGCGCGAUGCUGGAAAUGACAAACACGAAGAGCGCGAACCGUCAAAGUUGCAGAAGCAUGCGGAAUUUGUCUCUGGACUCAUCAGCACAGUUGUAAGCGCGAUUGAUUUGAAGCUCGCUCUGCGCGUUGUGUCACUGGUCGUGGAAGCAGCCACAGAAUUUUGCACGCUUCUGCGGGAGGAGAGCGAUUCCGCGUUGCAAGAGAGCUUCCGUCUGGAACAUGCCUUUUUCAGCCGAGAGUGCGGAUUUGAGGCUGUUGCCGCCUACCGGGCGGCUGACAUCGUCGACGGCAUGCGUUUACAAGUCACGGCAACAGCCGAAGAGGCUCAAAAGUUCUUGCGGGCCACGACGCAGAAACAUGCAGAAGCUGAGCUGCUGGAGAGAGAAAUUUACAGUCUGCUGGCUGGUAGUGUAGUCCGUUUACAGAAUUGCAUCACUCAUGCAGCAGAACGCUGCGAACGUGCCACAUCAAUGCUCGACCAGGUCAGACGCUUAUCGUCGAGCAGCAACAAAGACUGCUCUAAAGGCUACUCAUCAUCUUCAGACGCGAAAAAUGCAAGUGCACUCCCUGGGCCUGGGAAAGGCAUGAUUCGGGAUCCAAAUCCACCUUCCACAGAUGAAGAGCAAGCUGCUUCAACCACAGCAUCCGAGAACGAAAUCGCAGCAUCCACUAGCGCGACUCUACGCAAGUCCGACGAGCCUCCUCCUCAGUCUUCAACUUCAUCUGAGGCCGAUGUAAUUCGUGUUGUAAGACUAUUGCAAACCUACAUCAAUCAAUUUUCCCAAGCGCAGUGGAUUCGGGCGGAAGAUAUUGAAUUUAAGCAGCUCCAACGCGCGGCCGGAUGGUCCGACGACGACCUUUUUUCGGCUUUUCGAAGAUUCAUCAUAGAAGAAACCAAAAUCGCGCAGCAGACCCCGGGAUCGACGAACCGACGACCUCAGUGGCUUGAGUACGUCUUCUCCCGUGAUCGUGAUACGCAUGAAGAGAGUGCCUCUGCUUCGCAGAGAUGCGACUUACCUGGCGCCGAUGUAUACCACCGCCGAGCACUUCUGCGGUACCUACUCGCAAAAGAUCACUCGCGGUUUGUCGCGGUGCUAGCAUCCUGCGGCAUUAGUGCUGACAAUGACAUCGAGUUUUCAAAUUUUUGAACUACGCUUUUGAAACUUUGUGUUGCACCAGAUCUUUCUCUUUCCGGAAGGGACAAAUGAAUAAGGUUGAUAUCUCAACAGGCAGUGUGACUACAAGCUAGGAUCACAUAUGAUUGAAAACGAGACGAGAGCCCAUAUUUCAUUUACCCAACUUUAGCGGCAAAACUGCUCUAU